UCAUGAACGCAGUCGCCAGCUUGACCUCGAAACGUCAGGUCGUCAGCUGUGUGUCGCGGCCGUCUUGACUUUACUGGACAGAAAUGGCGGCGCUAUGUCCAGGUGUUCAGUAUGGGUUGUCUUCGCAACAAAAUUUUAGUGAAAAUAAGGACUUAAUUUUUGUGAGAUUAACGGAUUCUGCUUUACGUGCAAUAGAAGAAUAUAUUAGAAACCCGAACAAAAGCAACUAUCAGAGUCCACGGAUCAGGUUCCUAGGAAACGAAAAUGGCGAAUUGUCAUUUCCCUCGCAGCACAAUGAGUCGGGACGCACCCUGUUCAGCUUCAACAUGUCGUCGGCGGACGACAUGGGAGGCCCGGUAGGCAGUUUCGAGUGUAUCCAGGGCACGCCCCCCCGGAGCAACCUGGAAAGUCUCGGUAACGUCCGCUACAAGAUCCGGGUGAACGCCAACGAGGAUAUCUACGAGGCGACCAGGAACCGUAUGAACGAAGUCGAAGACAAAUAUAAAAAUAAAUGUACUCGCGAAAUUAAACCGAACCAAACGGAUAUCGGACGAAGAGUCAAAGUCAAGCAGCCAGUGUCCCAUCAGCCGCAACCACCACCGCCCCGGUCUUCGAUGAGGGACAGUUUGAUGAAACAACCGUCUUCGUAUCAGAGUCCGCCAGUUGUUAAACCGCCCUUAAGUCUUUCACAGCCGUCGGCACAUUCGUCCCUGAGUAACGGUAUUUCCUCCAAUGGGCUCGGCAGUAAUCACGUGAGCAGCUCCCAACGAAGCACCGUCCAACAUAAUCGGAAACCCUCCGUGCCGGAGGUGGCCAAGAGAUCAUUACGUGAGCGAUUGGUUCAUCUGCUGGCCUUAAGGCCCUUUAAGAAGUACGAACUGCAUGAACGUCUUACCAAAGAGGGUCUCCGUGGCGCCAGCAGCAUAUCCCAAGUCCUAAAACAAAUCGCAAACUUAAAAGACAACUGUUACUACCUAAACAGGAAUAUAUGGAACGAAGUGAACGAGGAUUGGCCAUUUUACACCGAAACCGAAAAGCAAAUACUUAAGAGGCGUAAACCUCAAAACCUUACUCCGCCGGGUGGUAGCGAUGGCGGUAGUUCGGGUAGCGGCCAGUCGCCGACCAGUACCCAUCCGGGUUCGCCGCCCCUUAUCACGUCGACCAAUAGUAUAAACGGGAGCGGGAGCGGUACCAAGCGGCCGCCCUAUAACGAGGGCGGCUGCGGCGACGGGUUCCCUUAUAAGAGGCAAAGGAUCGCGCACGGGGGACAAAAUUCGGCGGCGGCGGCGGCGGCACUCGCCGCCUCCAAUGGGGCGAAUAAGGGCGGCGGACAGGUGAUGCAACCAGCAACGCAACAGCCCUCCGGAUUUGGUGACGGACAGUUUGGUCAAAGGCAACAAACCAGUUCGGAACCGGUACAUAGGCCAUCAGAAUCGACAUUCAACCGUUCACCGAUUGAACAAAACAACAGCCAGAGGAGGCCGAUCACGGAUCUCCGGGACGCUUCCAAUAUGAACCCGAGGAGCAGGGAGUCGCCGCCCGAUGGAUUCUUCAAUUCCUACGACAAUCUUCCAGUGACAGAGGACGAGAGAAAUAAGCGACAGUGUGAUAGUGCGAACGGUCUUACCUACGGCGUCAGCAAAGAGAAACCGUUUAAGAGUGGGUCUCCGAUAAAUAGUGGACUAAUGACGGAAGAGGCGCGAAGGGGCACCGGCAGUCCCGUGACUCAAAACCCGAUGUCCAACGGUUUGCAGAGAGAUAAAGACAGAAGAAACAAUAACAAUCAUAAGGUGUCCUCCAGUAGUCACAGAAUAUCGAGAGUGAGCCCGGACAGUCAGACCGAGGGGUUGCCACUACCAGCGCAAAAAUCCCCGGUAAAAGAAGAACGGCCCGAAAGUCCACUGAAUAGUAUAGAAAAGGACUGGUUAGACUUUAAAAAGCAGUACGUUAGGAUCUCCUCUGCGGAACAGAAGAAGGCGUACAAAGCAGACUUUAAUAAAGACUAUACGGAAUAUAAGAAUUUGUAUCCGAUUGUGGAGGCUGUUUCCCAAAGAUUCGUUAGGCUAGACGAGUCGCUCAAGAGGCAGGCGGUCGAUAGUCCGACGUAUAAAAGCAUAAAGAAAGAAAUAGUGCGUGAAUACAAUAAAAUCAAAAAGGACCAGGAGCACCAGAAAGCGAAGAAACGUUUCCAAUAUUUGCACGAAAAAUUGUCGCACAUCAAAAAGCUGGUCAGCGAUUACGAUCAGGCGCAGACGGGGAUGGUACAAUGUUAGCGGCACCCCCGUCCCUCCACUACCACAACUACCAACCCUUAUCAUGACCGGACGUAAUUAUUAAAUUUAGUUUAGUGCGCGAAGAAUUCUGUUUUGUUUGUUGACCGUUUAUUUCUUCCUUCCUCCCUAUGAACCAUCAGUUUAAAGUGCGCGAAAAGGAACGGACCUGAAACGGGGUUUUCGAGUGGGACGUUGUGUUUAGGACAGUUUUCGGAAAAUAAAAAUCAAGAAAGAAGAUCCUUUUUUUAAGGCUUUAGUUUGGAGAUGAAGAACUGCGGAAUGUAUGCUGCUGCUGCUACGAUGGUUUUUUUUUUUUAAUUUUUUGGUUGGUUUACACUGGCCGGUUGCGGUUUUUGGAUUCGUAUGAGAUUUUCUGGAAUCGACAUCCCACCAAGUUGCUCAAAUCGAAUGUGAUAGCCAAAAUAGCAACAACAAGCCUCCUCGUCAAAUUAACAUGAAAAAGAAACAAAUCCAGUUUUUGGGCAGAGUUAUACUGGUACGAACGUCUUGAAGCCUACCACUUAUCUACCCUUAUAUUUAAAAAAAAAAACAAAUUUAAAAAGGUAACAUAUCCGUCACUAUAUUGUUAAUUAAUUAAUUAGUACGAGUCCAAUGAAAUGUCGUUUCUUCCUUAUUAUAUUAUAUACUUUCGUCCUACCAUAUCUAUCUAUAUUGUAUCUUAAACGUUCAUCUCGUCGCACAUAUCUCUUGUUUUUUAAAGCGUUUCGAACGGUUCUCUGGUGCCAUAGAGUAUGUUUUCUUUUUUUCUCCUCUUGUUCUUUGAUAUCCCAGUCCGAAAACCCGUCAUUCGAGGACUAAAUAAAUUAAUAAAUUAACGUGCCUUUAAAUAAAACGUGUCGAUCCAAGUGCUUUAUAUGUGUUGUCGAUGUAACAGGUCCGUAAAUAAAAUGUCCUCCUCGAAUGUCGCCGGUUUUUCGUGGUUUUGCCGCUGUGCCAAAAGAAAAAAAAUAUAUGCAUUUUGUAGAUAAACCUCGUUUUUUGUACAUAUACGAGCUAUACACCAUUGCUUAAGAGAAAUGGUUCGUUUUUAAACUAUUUAUUUUGUAUUUUUCUUGAAACCGUUGGCUUUCCCGUGAAGUCUAAGGGUAUCUCUAGUUUGUAAACUGUAGCAAUAAAUCGGGACAUUAGUGUAAAAAAAAAAACAAAAAAUUAAGUUUCCAAGAGCAAAGAUUUUUUUUUGGGGUUAAAUAGUUGCCUUGAACACGUUCAGCCUUAGGGGGUUAGCAUUCGUUUGCUGUGUAACUCGGUUCAGAAAAGUAUUAAUUAAAGUGUCUUUAAAAGUCCAUUUGUGUAUUUCUCGUGCUGGGGAUUCUAAUCAGGCAAUAUGUAUGAUAAUUCAAUGAUUGUAAUAUGAAAGGAAACUUUUUCGCUACAAAAUCAACGUUUCACCAUCUCCAAGUGGUCACUCAUUUCAAGCUCUUGAGGUUAUAUUUUCCUUAUUACAGGCGUGUGGAAUAAAUUUCUGAUUGAUUCCAGGCGGCUUAUGCGAUUGUUGACGUAUUCGAGGCAUUUGAAGUAAUUUUUUAUUAAUUUCAGGCAGUUAAUGCCAUUUAUCACUUAUGCCAGACCAUGAGAAAACGAUUUUAAUUGCCUGGAAGAAAUGAGCUAUGGCUUAAUUUGCAUGGAUUAGUUCCAUCAUAAAUGGUUUUAAGUGCCUAGAAUUUAUAAAGAGAAUUACUAAGAAACAAGACAAAUAAAGGAUUGAGAUUCAUUGAAAUUUCUCAUAAAUUUUAGGCAUGCCUAUAAUUUCUUGUUAAUUUAUUCUAUUGUUCACUUUUCCUAGGAAUCUGUAUUCAAUUUUGCUUAAUUCCAGGCAGUUAAAGUUUUAUUUUUUUCAGGCAUUUAAAAUUUUUUAUUCGAAUUUCUUGUCAAUUACAUAAUUACACUUCUUCCAGACAUCAACUUCAAAUGCCUGGAAGGAGUUUUAAAUGGCUUUAACAAUCUGGAAAAUAAGAAAUUGCUUUAAAUGCCUGAAAGUUAUGAGACAUGGCUUUGAAUGUUUGACAUACUUGGAAUUCAUAAGAAACUUGAAAGAAUUGAAUUGGCAUGAAAUUUCUCAUUAAUUUUAAACUCUUGAAGUAGUUUAUCCAUUAUUACAGGCUUUUAGAUUAAAUAUCUGUAUUAAUUCCAGGCAGUUGAAGUUACUUCACAUUUCUUUCAGAUAUUUCGAAUAUUCCUAAUUCGAUUUUCCAUGAAUUCCAAGGAUUUUAAAUUAUUUUUGACUAAUUUAAGAAACUUUCACUUAUUUUAAAUCUUUUAAUUGAAUUCCUUUGAACUUAUUCCAGGAAUUUUAAGUAAUUUCCUAUUAAUUAAGGAUAGUUGAUGCCAUUUAUCACUUAUUCCAGAUAUUGAUGAUGAGAUGACUUGAAUUGCCUGGAAGAAAUAUUAAAUGGCUUUGUAUGUCUGAAAUUAAUGGAAUUAUUUCUCCCUCGUUUUAGGUAUUAUUAAAUUACUGAUUACAGGCAGUUUAUGUCAUCGUUCACUUAUUCCAGGCAUUUGUAAUCAAUUUUUAUUCAUUCAAGGCUAUUCAAAUUACUUCUAUUCCUAAUUGAAUUUUCCAUAAAUUCCAGGAAUUUCAAAUGAUUUCUGACUAAUCCAGGCAGUUAAAAUUACUUCUUAUUUCUUUUAAAUAUUCUUAAUUAAAUUGUCCAUGAAUUUGAAGUAAUUCCUUUUUAAUUUCAGGCUGUUUAAGCUACUUUUUUAUUUCUUUUAGGCAUGUUAAAUCUUUAAAUGAAAUUUCCAAUUAAUUUUAGGCCCUUGAAGUAAUUUCUCCCUUAUUACAAGCAUUUGAAUUAAAAUUCUCAUGAGUUCUGGCAGUUUUUAUGUAUUCCAGGGAUUUUCAAUCAAUCUUCUAUGAAUUGCAGGACUUUAAUUAUUUUUGACUAAUUUCAGGCAGUUAAAAUUGCUUUUUAUUUCUUCCAGUCAUUUUAAUUUAAAUCUUUUAUUUGAAUUCCUUGAAUCAGUUGCAUAGAGUAGAAGAUUUUUUCACUUAUUCCAAACAUUGAUGAGAUUUCUGCAAUUUUCUGGAAGAAAUAGGUAAAAUUCGUAAGAAACUACAUCAAAUGCCUAGAAGAAAUUAAUAACUUUAAUUGCCUUAAAGUAAUUUGUCCCUUAUUACAAGAAUUUCAAAUGUCUCUUAUUAUUUCUGGCAGUUUUUACUUAUUCCAGUAAUUUGCAAUCCAUUUUCAUUAAUUCUAGGCAGUUGAAGUCACUUCACAUUGCUUUCAGAUAUUUCAAAUACUCUUAAUUCGAUUUUUUAUGAAUUCCAGGACUUAAAUUAUUUUUGACUAAUUAAAGGUAGUUUAAGACAUUUUUUAUUUCUUUCACUCAUUUUAAAUAUUUUAAUUAAAUUCCAUAUUAGUUGCAUACAGUUGAAGUUUUUUUCACUUAUUCCAGGAAUUUUAAGUAAUUUCUUUAUAAUUACAGGCAUUUGGUGCCAUUUGUAACCUAUUACAGACAUUAAAAAAAGCACUUGAAUUUCCUGGAAGAAACAAUAAACGGCUUGAAACGACCUGAAAUAAGAAAUUCCUUUAAAUGCUUAGAAGAAAUAAAUAACUUUACUGCCUUGAAUUGAUAAAAAGCGACUUUAAAUGCCAACGAACUGCUAUUGAGAACACUUGAAGAAAAUGUAAAACUCUCUAUCAGAUGAUUGAGCCUGAGGAAGGCAUAAAUAGAUGCCAAAACGUUGGCUUUCUAACAAUAUAAUAUGGUUCAAAACGACCUGUUCCGACUUCUAGAAUUGACCCACUUAAGAUUCAUUGAAUAGGAAUUGAUCAGAUUCUUAUUUAAGAGUGGGAAGAAUUUCCUAAGGGAAGAGCUAAAAGAGUUAAAAAGUAGAAUUAGUAUUUUCUUCCUGGUAUUGUUUCUUUAUUUUGUUAUUCAAUUAGGAAAUAAUUUUCGAACAUUUGUAUUAGAUGUGAUAAAAUUGGGGAAAAUUCAAUGGCAAAUUUAACUUUUCCAAAUAAGUACCCAAAUAUGGGGUCCUACUUUUCUUCCUAAAAAAAAACCUCCAUUUGCCUUGCAAUAAACCACAUAGAACGCCUGUAAAAAAGUGCCUAAACUCACGCUCUAACUCAUAAUUCUCACUAAAAAAAAAACGUGUAUCAAUUUGCUCUUGGAAACAUCAAUUUUUCAGUAUAAUGGCACAAUGGCUUGUAGAAGGGCCUCGACACGAUCAAAUCUCCUAUUUUUGUUAUACCGCGUUUGCCUGUAGUCAAAGGAAAAAAAAUAGUACGGAAGUUUAUUUUCAGUGUACUAAAUCUGCCAAAAAUUUUAUACAAAAAAAAGGGUGUUAGCAAGCAGCUCGGGAUCGUUCGUGAUUCGGGUUUUUGUGGAUUUCAUCAAAAAUUUAAUAUUUGGGCAAAUCGGGUCAAAAUGUGUAUGCUAUAAUCAAACAAAUAAAUUUAUUAGGCCAGUUUUGCUGGUUAUGAGGCAUUUUCAGUUACGGAAUAAGCCAAUUUUACAUUCUUAGAACGAAUAAUUCGACCGCUUUGUUUUAUUUUUUUAAAUAUUUUUAUCAAUAAAGACAAAAUUAAUAUAGUCUUAGAUAUUUUUAAUGGAUUCAAAGAAGUUUCUCAAUGGGACCACUGUGAAGGCGUCGAAAUUCCAUAGGGUUAAAGUUAAAAUUUUCGAUUUUGAUAAUUAAAUGAUUUAUAAAUUUAAACGCAAAAUUUAGCGUUUUUUAGGACGUGGAGAAAGGACAUGCUUCCAAUAUAGAAUUUUAGCCAAAAAGUUCCAAGGUUUAUUUUUAGAUAGGGCAUUAAAUUAAAAAUCUGAGACUCGCUGAUUUAUUUCAGACAUUUGAAGUAAUUUCUCGUUAAUUCUAGACAUUGAAGCUUUUUUUACUUAUGUAUGGGUAUUUGAAAUAAUUUCUGAUUAAUUCCAGGCAGUUGAAGCACUUUUUCACUGAUUCCAGAUAUUUAAAGCCUUUAAUCUUUUCAAUUAUUCAAGACAUUUGAAUUAAUUUCUGUUUCAGGGCAUGUGAAGCUCUUUCUUGAAAAUAUGAGAAAUAGUUUUAACUACCUGAAUUUAUUAUGAUAAAAUCUCUACUUCAAGGGCUAGAAAAAAAUACGGUUAAAUGGAAUUUUUGAUUAACUUCAGGAAGUUGAGGUUAAUUGCUCAUUUCUUUCACGCAUUCUUUUACUAAUUAUUUGAUUUCUUAUAAUUUCAGGCAGUUGAUGCCAUUUUUCAAUAAUUCCAGACAUUGAGCAAGCUUGGAAGAAGUCACUUCCACUACAUUGAAUUAAUAAAAAACGAUUUCUAAUGCCCGAAAAACGCGAGAAAAGGUUUCAACUGCCUGUAAUUAUUAAGAAACUACUUGAAAUACCUGGAAAUGAGAAAUUGGUUUAAAUGCUGAGAAGUAAAAUAGGGCAUAAAUUCUAUGUUUUGGGACAUGAUAGUUAAACGUUUUUUUUUCACUUAUUCCAGGCAUUUGAAACAUUUCGUCAUUUAUUACAGAUAAUUGAAUUCAUUUCUCCUUCAAGGUAUUUGACGUGUUUUCUGGAAGAAAUGAGAAAUGUCUUCAACUGCCUGGAAUUCAUCAAAAACCACUUUAAAAGCUAAAAAUAAGUAAGUUUAAAUGAAAUUUCUGAUUUAUUUAAGGCAGUUGAGAUUAAUUGCUCCUUUCUCUCACUUCUUUUAUAAAUUUGAUUUCUUAUUAAUUUCGGCAGUUGAAGCUUGUUUUUACCUAUUUUAGAAAUUUGAGAUAAUGCCUACCAGGCAGUUGAAACAAAAGGUUUGGCCUGGAAUUAAUAAGAUAUUAAUGUAAAUAUCUGGAAAUGAGAAAUGGCUUUAAAUGCCUAAAAUGAGGCGUAAAUUGUACAUUUUGGGACUGUAUCCCGUUUUUUCUGAUCUAUUUUGAGACACCUUGUAUAUGAAUUUAAAAUAUCUACUUUAAUUUUACAAUAGGGCCUUUAUUUUUAAAUACAAGACAAAAAAAGGGUAUUAAAGGGGUUUGAAACGUAUUUUCACCACUUUAUGAAUAGGAUGCAGUGCAAUUUUAAAUUAAUUCAUUUUUUUUGGAGAAUAUCCCUAAAAUGGCGAAGGCAGUAAAACCCUUAGAAUUUGACACCUUUUAUGAUUUAUUACAGACAUUUGAAUUAAUUUCUCCUUUAGGAUGUUUGACGUGUUUCCUGGAAGAAAUGAGAAAAGUCUUCAACUGCCUGGAAUUCAUGAAAAGCCACUUUAAAAGCUAAAAACAAAUAGGUUUAAAUGAAAUUUCUGAUUCAUUUCAGACAGUUGAGGUUACUGGUUCAUUUCUCUCAAGCAUUCUUUUCCUAAUUUGAUUUUAUGUCAAUUGUAGACAGUUGAGCCUCUUUUGACUUAUUCUAGGCAUUUGAAGUAAUUCCUUAUUAAUUCCAGGAAGUUGACGCCAUUUCCAAAUUAUUUCAGACAUUGAACAAGCUUGGAAGAAUUGCCUGGAAUUAAUAAAAAAACAACCUCAGAUGCCUGAAAAAAGUGACAAAGUGACACUGUAUCCCACCUUUUCUGAUCUAUUUUGAGACACCUUGUACAUGCCUUUAAAAUAUCUACUUGAAUGUUAAAAUAAGGCUUCUUAUUCUUCUAAAUACAAGAUAAAAAAAGGGUACUAAAGACUCCUCGAACCAUAUUUUCACCAGUUUAAUGAAUAGGAUGCAGUGCAAUUUUAAACUAAUUUAUUUUGUUUGGAAUUUAUCCAUAAAAUGUUAAGGCAGUAAAAUCCUUGUUAGAAUGGACUGAACCUUUUUUAUGUUUCCUUCUAAAGAAAACAUAUGUAUUUUAUUAACUUUUAUCCCUAAAAGCCAUCCAAUAUAUAAUUUUUACAUUUUAUUUCAACUGCCUGGAAUUAAUAAGAAAGUACUUUAAAUACCUGGAAGAAAUUACUUUGCAAUCCCAUGAACUGAAGUUGGUCAUCAAUUUUAUAUUUUAUGACCAUGUCCCACUUUUUCUGGUCUAUUUGGGACACCUUGUAUAUGCAUCUCAAAUAUUUGUUUUAAUUUUAAAAUAAGUCUUUUAAUUUUAGCCCCAAAACCAAUUAUUGGGACUGAAUAUCAAUCCCACUCAGAAAGAUAUGCUUUUAAUUCAAUGAAAAAAAGAUAGCAAAUUUAUAUAAUGGCUUAUUUUUAUUCAAUUUUAUUCACUACCAAAACAAACUUUGUCUGUGAUACUUUAAAAAAAAAGGUAUUAAAGGGGUUUGUUAAUAUAAUUUAAUUUUCUUGGAGGCAGUAAAAUUCUGACUUUUUCUGAAGAAAAUGUUUACCCCAAAAGAGCAAUCGAGUAAAGUUUUACCUUUUAAGUGCGAUAAACCCAAGCUGAAUCUGUUAAUACAAAAACUGCAAUCAAACAUUUCAUCAAAUCAUUAUCAAAGAAAAAAUAGAAUAGUGCCUUUAAAACGAUCGGUCUAUAUAUCCGAACAAUCUCGAGCCUUCGCACCCAAAAAAUCGACUGUCCUAAUGCUAAUUUCGCGCAUUAGCAUAUAUAUUUAGCAUAAUGUUGUACUGGUUGAAUGAAUCGAUUCGGUUGUGAUUGUAAAUAAUAAUUCUCUUGAUAAAUACGAUGACGACUUUGGCACGUCCUUGAUGCAUCAUGAUAUUGUUGGGCGAACCUUUUAUGACGCACCUCGUUAUUACGCGAUUAAAUUGGCCAUUCGAGUGCUAAAAACUGCUCAUUGUGACUUACGUUCCUAUAAUUGUUUGGCACAUCCAAUGGUCGAUGAGAUUUUGUUUUGUUUUUUAAAUUUAAAACCCACGAGUGAUCUAGGAGGUUUUGCCCGGCAUAUCUAAAAUAAUUAAUAUAUAAUUAAUAUGUAGGAAAUAUGCUUAUAAUCAAUUUUCAGUCAUCUAGCUUUUCAUUUUGUGAAAAUAGCAAACAAUUAAAAAAAUACAAAAAAAAAAUAAAGAAAAAAUAAAUUCCGGGAGUUUCUGGUUAGCGUGCGUUCUAAACGGCCAAAAGUUUAUUAUUAGUUGAAUGGUAAUUGUAAAUUUUUUAUUUUGGGAUUAAUAUUUAUUUUUUCGUACUCAUUUAUAUAAUCUCUUUGUUUUCGUCCCUAUUUACUGGGCCUAAAAACGUCGGUUCGCCUAAAACUCCUAAAAAUACAAUAUGUCGUUAAUCUUGGGAGUUGUGUAAUUUUUUUUGUACUAUUAAGCAUUGAGUUUAUUUGUUACAAUUGGUUAAUUUUAUUUGUUACAAUUGUUAUUAAUAUUAUAGUCCCUUCGGGUUAAUUUGAAACGGUUGUUAAUUAAUUUUCAUCAAAUAUAACCUGUGUUCAAUAACUUACAUGACACUGUUAUUAAAAAGAAAAAAAAUUAUAUAGUUCAAUUAUUAUUAUUAUUAUUUUAUUGGUUUGGUCUUUGUAUGGUAAUGAAUGACGGAAAAAAUUUGUCCAGUGACCAUAUUGUAACUUUCUAGGAUAUUAGAGUAGCGUAUAUCGCUCUCUUUCUUUUUAGUUAAAAAAAUAUGCCACAUGAAAAGAGACAUAGUAUAAAAGUUUUUACAAAAAAAAAAAGGAAAAUAAUGUAUAUGCUUGACACGGUUUGUAAAUAUCCAUAUUAUCGAUUGUAAAUGUCUAUUUAUGUCCAGUUUAAAAUGAAACAAAAAGUGGCUUAGUUUUGUAACGACAUAUAUCGUUUCAUUGUACAUUUUUGACCUAUAUUCAAUAUAUUAUAUAUAUGAAGCAUCUUAA